AUGAAUGGUUCCGUUUACGGCCUCUUCCCUAGCGAAGAAGAAAUGGAGUUCUAUUACCUUGGUCUACCAAGCCGUCCGACUCUUAUUGCAUGCAUACUGGGCUGCAUGAAUUGUCCUGUUUUUUGUCCAUCAUUUGGACCAAGAUGGACGAAUUUGCAACGAACCUCAGACGGCCUGUCCGACCUGCUCGCGGUCGACGUACCGAAGUUUCUGAAACGCUCAGAAUUGAACCUGAUGUCUCUGAUGGACUUUCUCGAGCUUCUCGAACAUCCGGACUACGAGACUCGUGAAAUCAUCGACCUGACCGAUGAUCGUUCUCGAUCUCCUCAAGACCGUCGUGGACAUGAUGGAGGCCAAACUCUCACUCGUACCGUCAUCGCAUCCUUCACCGACGUAGCUCGUGGCCGUGAGCCAAGCAUCCCAAUCAGAGCUCACUGCAAGCUUGUUACUGAGGGAAAGCAGAAACUAGGCGAGUGGCUUCGCCGAUCUUCCCGGGCUACAGACCACAACCUUCGUGUUACUAUCUGUGAUUUUAUUUUCACUGCUACCUUGACGCAAUCUUUAAGUACUGGUUCUCAGAGUCAUCGGUCCCUGGCGAACCCAGCCUUCGCAACCGCUCGGCCUUUGAAACAAGCAUCGAAGUUGGAGUAUUUAAAGGUUAACUUCACCUGGAAAGACCGUAACGGUGCUGGAGUCGCCUAUGAUAUCAUCUCGUUCACACCAGAUCUUGAGCAAGAAGAAAUCCACGACCGGGCUACCGCCAACUACGACCAUUACGAGCUGGAGCGCGUCAGAUCCCACAACAGCGCCAUCACUGUUGAUUGCGCUCGCCGUGCAAUCAAGGUCUGGGCUCAACGCGGCACUGAGGAUGACCCUGACAUCGACGUUCAAGAGCCUCAGGGCCUUCAGACAUGCUCAUCCGCUAGAGAUCGCGUCGAACCAGCAAAGAAAUAA